UUGCCUUCAGAGUCACUUCUACACACGACCACCCGCAGUUCAUAUUUGCAGAUAUUCGGUUUGGACGAGUUCUUACCCAAAACGGCUGCUCUAGGCAAUAAUCUUUAUGUUGGGAAUUGUAUACUGCAUGGAAAAGAUGUCAAGCUAGAAAUUGGACGCUUUGAGCCUUCUUUCGUUCGCUCCGUCAGCCCAUCACCGCCAUGGGAGAAAAUGAAGGCACAGUUCAAGUAUUCUUCCAUACUGGACAAGGAAGACAUUGAAAACAUGAUCGUACAUCUCAAAGCGGAAAUGACCGAGUAUGAGAAUGCUUUUCAUUCAUCCUCCACCCUGAAAAUUUCUUCCACUUCCAAUAAAGUUCGGCAGUGUGUGAAGAUGCUGUGCAAGCUCAUAAAUUCCAUUGAACCUAUAAAUCUGCACCAGUAUCUUCAAAACUACCUGACGGCGGCUACCAAUGAUCAGUUGCGAUGCGCUCGGAAUGACUUUAUUGCUUCAUUGCAUGGGCUCAUCUCUGUGUACUGUAAUUGUACACUUAGCUCUUAUAAACUGGCUCCGUUGAGGCCCGUGGUCAAACAGAAGAAGGAGAUUUUGCAUUGCAAAGAGAAACUCAAGGUUAUGGUGAACUCUGUGCAUAAUCUAGUGGAGAACUGGAUGAGGGAUUAUACGGAAUUUUUUGUCACCGUUAAUGUGUACUAUGGAACUCAACUUCUGGCUGGUCAUAACAAGUGUAUAUCAAAAACUGUCAAACACGAUGCCUUCUUCCCAUAUAUUCCUAUGAAUGUCUAUGUUUGCUUUGAAGAUGUAUUGUGUACAUGUCCGAGGGAGACGAAAAUUAUGUUCAUUCUGUCCGGCUAUUCUGCCGUGCCCAAUGCGGGCGCGGAUGGAAGUUCUGAUAAUACACGCCGGCCAUUAGCAUUCGCAUCUCUGCCUCUUUUUGACCACGAGAUGUUGUUACGUCAAGGACAAGUAUUCGUGCCCUUGUCGGUGCUCAAGGAGCCUGUGCUGAAACCGUGGGGUCCAAAUCCUCUUAUUGCCAACGAAAAGGAUCCUAUUCUUAUCGUGACGUUACCUUCUUACGAAUACCAAGUGGUGUUCCCUGAUGUCGCUGUUGAGUAUCAAAGUAUCAAACAAGAUCCAUCGUCGUUAGAUAGCGAAACACAGGAGUACUUGAUGAGCUUGGUCGAAGCUGGAGACCCGCAAACGUAA